UUCCUGAAGCUGAAGAAGCAGACUCUGAAGAAUCUGUAGAAGAAGAGCCAGAAGCUCCCAUCGAUGAAAGUGAAGCACCUAUAGAUGAAGCUGCUGUACCACCCAGUGAAGAUCCCGCAGAAGAAAGUGAAGCUCCUGUGGAGAAUAAUGAGCCUGUGCCUGAAGAACCUGAACCACCAACUGAUGUUGUUGAACCACCAACAGAUGUUUCUGCCCCACCCAAGGACGAUGUACCACCGACCGAUGAUUCUGCUCCUACUGAUCCAGCAAAACCCCCAAAGAAACCAAACAUGAAACCUAAAAAACCAAAGAAACCUAAAAGGUUGCUAUCAUUUACAAUGCUAAAAUUCAAUAAGGGGUUCAUUGCAAUAAAUAUCGAUGAUAGAUAUGAUGCUCAUAUUUCUCAAGCGGCUGAAGAUGAGACUUCAGAAAGCACCACAGUAGCAUCAACCACUGAGGAAAGUACUUCUACUGAGGAGAGUACAACGCCCAUCUCAACAACUGAAGAUAGUACAACGGAAGAGAGUACCUCAGAGGAUAGUACAUCAACUACUGAAAAAAGUACUACUGAAGAGAGUACCACAGAUGAGAGUACAUCAACUACAGAAGAAAGUACCACAGAGGAAAGUACAACGCCCAUCUCAACAACUGAAGAAAGUACUACAGAAGAGAGUACUACAGAGGAGAGUACACCAACUACUGAAGAAAGUACUACAGAGGAGAGUACAACACCAAUAUCAACUACCGAAGAAAGUACUACCUAUGAGAGUACCACAGAGGAGAGUACAACUCCUUUGGAAACUAGUACCGCGCCCACUACCGAGGAAAGUACUACCGUAGAUAGUACAACUGAAGCUAGUACAGAAGCACCUGAUGCGGCAGAGGAUGAAGAUGACGAAGAGGAACCUGAGGAAGAGGAUGAUGAUGCUGAAGAACCUGCAGAGGCAGCCGAGGAACCAGAGGAUGUCGAAGAAGAACCAGAGGAUGAUACCGAACCAACUACUACAGUGAAACCUACAGAGGCAACGACCGAAACAACGGUCGAACCUACGGAGGAAACAACUGAAACCACAGUCGAACCUACGGAGGAAACUACCGAAACAACGGUCGAACCUACAGAGGAAACCACCGAAACAACAGUCGAACCUACGGAGGAAACCACCGAAACAACGGUCGAACCUACAGAGGAAACAACUGAAACCACAGCUGAACCUACAGAAGAAACUACAGUGACAACCACUAGACCUACCGAAGCCACAACUGAACCAAGUGCCGAUUCUGUAGCCUCAACAACAGAAAUUACUACAACCGAAUCUGAAGAUACAACAACUACACCAGCACCCACGACGCCAACUACAACAACAACGAAACGUCCAACUAAAAAACCAAGUAAAAAGCCAGCCAAGAAACCAAGUAAAAAAUCGAAAAAGAAAAAGCCCAAAAAGAAAUCGAAGAAGCCGAAAAAGAAACCUCAAAAGAAAAAUCAGAAACCCAAAAGCAAAAAACCGAAUAAGAAAAAACGCAAACCGAAGGCCAAAAAGACUUCUAAACCUAAACCAAAGCCAAAACCUCAACCGAACCCAAUCAGAACAAUUGGUCAGGAGAUAUUAUCUAUUUUCUUUUAG